CUGAAAUCCUUUGCAACUUUUUGGUCAGCGGUGUUCAAAUAUUGUAAAGAAGGAUGAAGCUUUUGGACCAAGUUGGUUUGGAGGGUUUGAGUUCACAAUUGAGUAAUGGUAGUAAGAGGUACAAAAUCGAUGCCAGGUUGGAAAGCUAUUCGUGCAAAAUGGUUUCAGAAGAAAAACGUCAAUUUAAGGAACUAGUUUCUCGUUUAAAUAGUGAUGAAAAUCAAGAAUCUCCUGCCCUUUACCUUGGAUCUUCUCAAACUCUACGGGAUUUGUAUGAGAUGACUGGACAAGUGGUCGAUCCCGAAACAAUUCGAAUGAGUAUCAUCCAGGAUCAGUCACCAAGGAAUUCUUCCAGCUUAUCCCCUCCCAGAAAUUUGUGCAGUGGAAGGAAACGUAUUCGGUCUGAAACAUCUGUGUGUUUGAAUGAUAGUACUUCAGAAUCGCCAUCUCCAAAGUUUUCAGCCUCAGCACUCUCAACCAAAGAUUUAUUUUGUUUGAUGAGCACAUUAAAUAACUGUUUCGGCCCUGCCUAUGAUUUCCUGACUGCUAGGAGUGACGAAUUUUGUUUAGAACCUGAACUCUGGCUUGUGAAACAUUAUAUUUCUCGAUUUUGUUCCAUUUAUGUGGACAAAUAUGAAGAUUUAGCACCUCAUUUAUGGAAAGUCAUUGGUGAAGAAAUUGUACCCGCUCAAUGUCGUAUAUAUAGUUAUCGUCCUGAUCAUCUAUCAGAUCCAUACAGUUCAGGAUGUUUAGCAUCUUUUAAUUAUUUUUUUCAUAAUCGGUGCUUACGUCGUGUAUUAUUUUUUUCUCUUCGUGUAUUAAAUGAUUCACUCAUAGAAGAUGAUGAUGAUGAUGAUGAAGAUGAACUAAAUAAAUCUAAUUUAUAUUAAACAAAUUGAAAUACACUUGUUUAUUCUGUUUCGAAAUAACUACAGACUACUUACAAUGAUUUGGUCAAUAGUUCUGUUGUAUUAUUUCCUAUACUUUUUUUUUAAUUAGUCACGUAUAAAUGGAGAUACACAUACAAUUUGUUAUAUACACACGUAAAAAUAAGUUAUAUUUUUUUUAUCGUUACCGUUAUAUAUUACUUAUAAACACUACAUUAUAAUUAUUCAUCCUAUAUUUCAGGGUUUUUUUGCAUUUACAAUUUAUUUUUCAUUCCUCAAAGUAUAUCUAAAAUCGUGUUGACAAUUUUAAUACAUGAAAUGUUGAGAGAUUCAUUUCAUUUUUUUUACUUGUAUUCACACACUACCAACGUGUUAAUUAAUAUCGAUGAUUAAUCAAUCAGUUUAUCAAAUAACUUUUGUGUACAUAUUCUCUUUGUGACAAUACGAAUCUCUUCUACACACAUUUCUUUGUUUAAAUGUAAUUUUUACGCAUAAAUUUUGUAACAUGUAUAUGUAAUAGUUUAUUUAUUUUCUGCGCUACCAUUUUUUUUUCAAUUUUCAUUAUUUAAACAAAUUUUAGAUGUA